AUGCUUUGUUACAAGCACCGACUGGUUUCACAUUUGAUGGUCCAUAUCGCUGGAAAUACGAAUAUACAAGUUCAUUAUUGGAAACAAGGACGAUUUCAAGAUAUAACAAUCUCAGCAUUCCUUGAAUUGGGAAUCAGAUAUUAUUGUUUUAUUAAUCCAGACGAAAAACUAAUUAGUAAUAGGAAAACUGAAUGGUCACCAUGUUCAAAUGGUGGUUUUAUAUAUCUUUAUAGUCAAGAUGGUUCACCAAAUGAAUUAGAUUGUUAUUUUUCCGUAGCUGAUAAACCUGCACCACUAACAUCAUCAUCAAAUACACAAAAUUGUGUUAUGCCAUUUUCACUUGUACGACAACGAACAAAUAAUGAUAAUAAUAAUAGUAUACAGGAAAAGGAUCCACAACAUGAUGAAGAAAAAUUUAAGCAGUAUAUGUAUGAAUGA